AUGGGAACCGCUGGAGAUUCCCAGCGAGUGUCGGACACCAGGGUAUACAGCAUCGACGCCGAGAAUCGGCGCAACAGCACUGAGUACACUGAGGUUCCAAGGCCAAAAUCAUGGAAAAGCUACAUUUGGGAUACAUGGGAUCUACCACCCGAUCAACGCUGGAUGCUCUUCAAAGUGGAUGCUUUCGUCCUCACCUUUGCAUCUCUCGGUUAUUUUUUAAAGAAUAUCGAUCAGACGAAUGUCAACAAUGCUUUUCUCAGUGGCAUGAAAGAGGAUCUCGGAAUGAAUGGCAACGAGCUGGUGACAAGCACAUCUAUCUGGACUGUGGGAUACGUUAUUGGUCAAAUCCCAUCCAACUUGUUGCUGACCAGAGUCUCGCCUCGAUGGGUUAUCCCCUCGCUGGAGGUAGGAUGGGGACUGGCUACUAUCUGUACAUCGACUGUCAAGUCGUAUAAAGCCCUCUACGCCUUGCGCUUCCUUGUUGGCUUUUUUGAGUCAGGAUUCUAUCCCGGUAUCCAUUACUUACUGGGAUCGUGGUACACCCCCCAGGAAAUUGGAAAACGAGCCAUGAUUUUUUGGCUGGCUGGUUCGAUCGGAACUUUAUUCAGUGGUUUCCUUCAGGCUGCUGCAUAUACAAACCUGAAUGGGACACAUGGCUAUGCGGGUUGGCGCUGGCUAUUCAUCAUCGACGGUAUCAUCACGCUACCACUAGCUGUCGCUGGGUAUAUCUUCUUUCCAAACCUACCGCAAAGCGGGCAGAGGACAUGGUGGACAACCGAGAAGGAACAUUUCCUGUCAGUUGAGAGAAUGCAGAAGAUCGGUCGUGCUGGCAAGCAGCCAUGGACAAAGGCGAAGGCCGCAAGAAUCCUGCUGAGUUGGCACACGUAUCUUCUUCCAUUGCUAUAUAUUCUUUGGAACAAUGGACUGCCUCAGCCAGCUAUGGGCUAUUGGCUGAAAAGUUUCAACGCUAAUCCUCCCCCUGUACCUGGGACAUCUUACACUGUUGCGGAGAUCAAUAACUUGCCGUUGCCUACGACUGCAAUCCUCAUUGUUAUCUCUUUAGUCUGGGGCUGGCUGUCUGAUGGCGUAUGUCGCGGUGCUCGUUGGCCGUUUAUUUACAUUGGCGCUGUUUCUACUCUCAUUUUCUCCUCUUUGAUGAUGAAAAUGCCAUUUUACACAAAUAUAAAGGGCCGCAUGGUGGUCUAUUGGCUCAGCAAUAUCUUCAAUGGCGCCGGCCCUCUAAUUCUAAGCUGGAUCAACGAGAUCUGCUCCGAUGACACAGAAAAGCGGGCAUUACUUGUUGCAAUGGCCAAUGACCUAGCAUAUGUUGUGCAGGCUGUCGCUCCUAACUUUAUAUGGAAGACUACGGACUUCCCUCAGGCCCCCAAGGGGUAUACCUGGUCUCUCAUACUUCAGGUCUUGCUCAUCUUGGCCACUGCUACCACCCAAUUCUUGUUAUGGCGGGAUCAGAAAAGGGCCGCAGAAAUAGAGGCGAGCCGUGCAGCUGCUGCCCCUCUUGAUUCAUCGUCUAUAGACGUAGAGACACCGGUAGGAUCUAGGGAAGGAGAUGGCAAGGUAGCUGGGACUUCUCGGAUCAAGUAUGUUGGCUUAGGUUAA